UUUUUUUUUUCACCACCGAUGAUGAUAAACGAGUACAUAUCUUUCGAACGGCACAGAACUAUUCUCAGUGGACAAGUUCCAUAACGGACCACAUGGCGCGCUGUAUUGCCAAUUCACCAAUGUCGAUUUCUAUCUAGAUCCGUUUUCCAUCUCUGCAUAAAUGUGAUGUGUUGAUAUAUGGCAGUUGGUCGACCUCCUUGCUUGAUUUUGAAUUCAAAAUUAGGCAAUGAGAGACAAUGUUUAAAAAUACCAGAAAAUAUAUAGCAAGAUGCACGAUAUGUUUGCAAAAGCAGUCGUUGAAUUUGCUAAUGAAACAUUACAAAAAAUGUCAUUCGAAAGUAAACAUAGCCAGACAAUUGAUAAAAAACAGCAUCGUACAAUCUGUCCCGAAAAUGUUUUCACGAAAGAAAUGGGCAAAAACGAAGAUACCAACUAACUCGGAAAAACUUGAAAUCAGGGACAAUGCAACAAAAACAUUAUAUCUGAACGAUAGUGUCCAAUUGCUGUGCGGCAAAAACAACAUUAUUAUAGGGGAUGGUAGAAAUGCUUUUGAUCUGGAGCUAACGUUUAACGAUAGCGCUGGUGAAUGGAAAGAAACUGUUAAGACUGAAGAAGCGACUGAAGAGGCUGACACGAGCAAAGGUUAUCAUUCAUACUCGCCUUCAGCCUCCUCUGAGGACAGUCACUUCAGCUUGAAAGUACAAAAGAAACGAAUCAAGCGUAAGAAAGCCUCUAUGAAGAAACUCGGCUACUAUUGCAUAAACAUCACUCAGUUAGAUAAACAAACAUCUUUGGAUGAAAGAACCGGUGAGUUCGUUUCUCGGUCAAAAACUUUACAAAGAAGCGACCUAAAAAUCCUCACAUCUGACACAGAGUCAUGCUCGGACACCGGCACGCCCACUGAUACAAAGCAAUACUUUUGCAGAAAUUGUGGCAGCGGGUACAAGACCGAAAACGAGUUGGUUAUCCAUAUGCAGAUUCAUACAGCUUUUUGUCAUUUGUGUAAGGUCACUUUCCUCAGCGAGUUUGCUUUCAAAGACCACAUGCGAAGUCAUAUCUUCAAAAUUUAUAUGUGUCACGUGUGUCAUCAUGAGUUUUUGAACGCUGAAAUGCUACACAGGCAUUUUGAGACGCAUGUGGAAGAUAGAAUUCUAGAUAGUGUAUUGGACAUGGAAAAUGAGUAUGACCAUUUGAAUUUAAAUUUUUUGUCAGGCGAUUAUGAUGGCAGCAUACAAACUAUUUUGAGCUACUUGACUGAUAGUUUUGGCUAUACCCAGUGCACCGAACAUUGGCAAAAUAUACGUUGUGCAUUCCACAGUUCAUUUCAUUAUUAGUGCUGAAAAGAUUACUAUUCAUUUAGUUAGUUAGUGUUUCACUAUAUCAUAUUUUACUAGGAUUUUAACCAGUACGACACAUAGCGGGUUAAGUGUGUUCCAUACAAGCAUUGAUUGACGUACUCUACCUGAAGAUAGCCAAUCUAAUAUGUUCGCGCGUCCGAAAAAUUAUCCGAUAUGAAAUGAGAUACCGUAGCGUCAUCUUUGAGAAUUUUUUACAGCUAUGUUUCUCCCCUCCGCAACAAUUAUAAAUCUACUCUGAAAAGGUUAGUGUCUCGUAGAUGGCGCUGUAGCUGUAUGCCCAUAUAUAGUGGCUACAGCACCAUGCCCAAAUAUAGUAGCUACAGCGCCAACUCUGAGACACGUACUUGUUCAGAGAAGAUUCAUAAUUUUUAAAACCCGUGUUAAUGGUAUUAGUUUGGCUAUCUUCAGGUAUGAGUUAAUGAACCUGUAACUUGACCCUGCUUCAUCGAGUCAUACAAAUCAUUUGAAAGGGUAACAUCACGCCAAUCUUGCCAUGUGCACAUCCUAUGACAUAUUUAUACAUAUAACUAUAAUAAUUCCUAUGAUGCCCCAGCUGGUGAGUGGGUGAGUUUUUAUUGCGAGCUCGGUGUAUACCUCCGAUAUUACUCAUGAUAUCUAAAAAAGUUGAAUACAAAUAUUGUAGCUAUCACUAUGCUCCUGAAUAUUUUUACAGGGUGAUUCAUAACCACGUGGUGGCCCAAACAUACAUACGGAAAGCCCUAAGUUUAUUGCAGAUUUGAAUAGACCCAUCUAAACGAAACACUUUGAUAACAUACUAAAGGAUUUUACAUUCUUUCAAAUUUGCAAGAUAUUGAACAAUCUAUUGAAAAAAAACUCUCUGACAACUCUCACCUUCGCAACUGUUCUAGCUGGAGUAGUGAAUUUUUCGUCUACAUACUUAUUCAGUUUUUUCAAUAGUUUAUACAGGGUGGUCAGAAAGGCAAAAUGAACUAUUUCUCAAAAUGUUCAAAUGUAUAUUAACACAUUUUUUGAUUCAACUGUUCAUAAGUCUUUUUUCUGAGAUAAGGUUUAUGGGGGGUUUGGACGACUAGUUUUUGUGAUUAUCUUUCCUAGAUGCCAUGGGUAAUAACGGAGUUACUGACCGAGCCCACUCACCCACUGUAUAUUCAUGGCAGUUACCUUGGAGGAUAUGGUAUUUUCAAGAAAGCUGCCAGCACUUAAGAUACGUCAAUAUAUGGCGAAAAUUAAGGUUCCAUUACUUUCGUAUUAUACUUACAUUCCACAGAGAUAUAACAAUGAAAUCGUAGUAGCAUUUUAGCACCUAUAGUGGGUGGAGAAAUGUCUCUAUAUUUGAUGGAACUCGGCAAAAGAGUCUUUGUUGUAUCUGAUAUAUAGUCUCAUAUCGUAAGUUCAAUGUCUUGUUGUAUCGGGCAGUACCUUUAAGGGGUAGUCGGUAUUACCUCCCAUGAGAUUUCAUUUGAAUGUGUCGGGUAGGAUGCGAUCCCAGUAUGAUACGACAUAGUCUGACAGUAUUUGAUUUUUCCAAUGAUGUAAUUUGUUUUACGUAAAAAGUUAUUACAACUGAUGUUUAUUUAGUUUUCUAUUACCUGAAACAUUAUUAAUAGUGGCAAUGGUAGACGUCUUCAUUUUAAAAGUCUAUUAACUGUUUAACUGACAGAAGUGAUAUUUUAGUUCCUUUAUGCAUUAUGUAUUUUAUAUUACAAAGCAGGUACCUAUCUUGUCAUUGAUAUUGACUAAGAGUUGAUGAUUAAUUUUUCUAUUGCUUGGACCUAAAAGGGCGAUCUCUGAAGAAGAGGUCUCGUAAAAGGUCACAAAUAUGGCUUGAUUUUUGCCUGCUUUGUCAAAACUUAUAAAUAGGUACGCCUCAAUCGCAAUAUACUGAGUAAGACUUAGUAUGUGACCUAAAAACGGGAUUUUUGAUUUUCUUAAUAGAUCAAUAACCGUGAUAGAAACCCAUGAGAUAUGUUAUACGAACGUUAAAAACUUCACGAUUUCAACGCGGGGCCAGGUAGGAUUUUUUGAAGUUUUACUCAUGCUAAAAUGCUCAACUAUGACAAUGCACUGUUAGAGCGGUUACUAUGGUCUAUGGCUGUCGAAUACGAUGACGCUGUAGGCCGACAUCACGGUUGCCAUGAUAAGCUCUCCACUAACAAUCACAAUUGAACCCAACCCAUGUGGAUGUUUAUAUAACAAUAGAAACAUUCGGUUGGCCGACUCAAUUGUCGCUUGUAUAAUUUGACCUAUAUGACCUGGACCGACGCUAAAAGCGCAGUGCAUUAAACGUUCCUUUAACAUGUCACUAACUGCGCGGCAAGUACUUUAAUUCCGAUGGUUUACACUGUGAUAUCAGUAACUGAAUUGACCUUACAGUAUUGUUAUAUUUGUAUCUGAUAAGACUGUAUAGUGCCUAAAACUACAAAUUUUUCAAAGACUGAUAAUUUAGCACCACCUUUCACAACAAUGUGUUAUGAAUUCUGAACUGAGUAAUGUUAUAAAUUAUUAUUAUUUUUGAUUAUCGGAAACAUACAAGCUCACUAUUUCUUCUAUUGGGCUUAAUGUUACAAUAUUUAGUUUGUUACCCUAAAAUGAAAAUUCGUUUAUUUUUUUACUAUAAUGUUUGUUUUGAAUAACAUUAAAUAAAUUGUUGCAGAACUUAUGGAUUUUUAAAUGACAAUAUUAC